ACAUAGCCUUUGUUUUCUCUAUUAACUCUCACAACUUCUAUUCUUUCAAUCACAAAAUUAAGGUCAUUUAAGCCAUCACACUUGUUUUUAAAGUCUAAAUAUGGAUAUGGUAAUGAAGUUGGGAGCAGAAAGUCCAGUGGUGAUUCUCAGCAAAAGCACUUGUUGCAUCUCCCACAGUAUCGAAACCCUAAUUCGAGGUUUUGGAGCAAACCCUACAGUUCACGAGCUCGAUAAAAUUUCGAAUGGAAAGGAAAUGGAGAAGGCAUUGGUUGAAUUACUAGGGGGUAAAUCAAGUGUGCCAGCAGUGUUCAUUGGAGAAGAGUUUAUUGGUGGUUCUAAUGAGAUUAUGAGUCUUAAUGUUAGAGGCAAACUCAAACAAAUUCUUCUAAAGGCUAAUGCUAUUUGGAUAUAGAGAUCAAUUCACUAGCUAGCAAGUAAUCAGUAGUGGAACAAUAAUUUUUCGUCGAGGAAAAUUUCAAGAUAUAUAUAAAAGUAAAUAAGCAAAUAAGUCAAUGCAAUUCUAACUUAUAGUAUAUAUAUAAAUAGAAACAAUCAUCAAUUACUAGCUAGCUAGCAAGUCUAUGCAUUCUUCCUAGAGUAUAGUCAUGCUGUCAUGGUCUUCUUUUUUUGGUGUGACGAUGAUUAUGUUAAUAAUCUAAUAUGCAUCAUAUAAAAUACAAGACACAUAUUAGAUUAUAAUAGUUGGAGUAGUUAUAUCUUUUUGUUGUUUUUAUCAUCAAUGUAUUUUGUUUCUUUAUGUAUUUCUAAUAAAAGUAUGCUUUUACUACGG